UGUCGAACAUUAUUCAGUAAAAAUUCAACGGGUUCAACAUUAGCAUGGACGGUAUAGCCAAGUUGUGGUUAAGAAGGUGGAUUUUUGUUCCUUAUAUUUACCAGAAACGAAGUGAUCCGAACACACGACCCGGGAUUUUGGGGGACUCCAGUGAGAACCGUCCUCGUUUUCCCGGUGUAAAGCUGCGAGCCAUUUGUCUCGUCUCUGUGGGCUUUUAGCACGCUUUGGCAGAACAAAAUACGACCUUUGUUUUCCCUGUUUCCAGUUGUGGUUUGCACAACCAAAAACAACACAGUUUUUUGGCAUUUUGGAGGCAGAAUGACGGGUUUAAUCAGCGCAGGUUGACAGGUUAAAGAGUAAUGGCGACGGUUUGUUUUCAACGCCAGUCAGGUUGCUAUGGCUCGAAGAACCCGUAUGUAGCUCAGUUGCCCGGAUGUCGGCCCUGCCCCAUUACAGCCGUUGCCCUCGGUUUGAUUGAUUGAUUGAUUGAUUGAUUGAGACUUUUAUUAGUAGAUUGCACAGUACAGUACAUAUUCUGUACAAUUGACCUAAAUGGUAACACCCCAAUAAGUUUUUCAACUUGUUUAAGUCGGGGUCCAUACAAACAGUUCAAAGAAAAGGUGCCUGGAGGGGGGUCAGGUCCUGCUUCCUCUCUGCUUUGUAGUCCUCGGGUCAAGACAAAAAUCUUCCUGUGGAUUACAAUACAUCAAAGAAACCGACACCCUCAUGUCGCUCCCCAUCCUACACAGUGGAGUUUUGCAAGCCUUUUGAUUGCUCAUGACUGCGAUGCAAACCAGGGGUAGUUCUGCAGACGGGUGGAAAGUCAUUGUAGUUGUAAACGUCAAUGGUGGCGUCUCACUGUCCUGUGGAGAGAAGCGAGGCUGAAAUGUCAUCAGGUUCAACCUCAGGAGGUGAGAAGGAGACUUUCCUGCACUUUUCAUGGUUCAAGACUCUGAGAACUUGCUGGAGGUCUCGCUUCAAGGAAUCUGAGAGGACGGAGCAGAGAGAGCGUCCAACACGCGACAGAACACUCAUGGAAUUGUCUUCAAAAUGGUUCAUCGAGACUCAAGUGGCGCACUUUGCUUCUAACGGUUUCUUCCCCGUUUGGUUUGGGGGUUUCAUCACCAGAGAAAAUGCUGAAGCCUUGCUGACAGGAAAAGAGCACGGCAGUUUCCUAAUCCGUCUGAGUGAUCGAGUCCUCGGGUACAUAUUGUCUUACAGAGGCAGAGAUCGUUGCCGACACUUCGCGAUAAGCCAAAGUAAGUCGGGACACUUCAUUGUCAGUGGAGACACCAAGGGACACGACACAGUCCCGGAGCUAAUCCAGCACUACAAGACCAACCCCAUUGAGCCAUUCGGAGAGUACCUCACGUCUUCGUGCUUUGAGACACCUUCGGACGUGGUCUAUGACGUGAUCCAGCACAUGUCUCCGCCUGGCAAGACUGAAGAGAGUGUGCACAACUCUGAUUGUUUACCCCCAAUGAGCAAAAGAACGCUUGAGGGAGUGCCGCCAUUGCCGAGGAGAGACAAACAACUCCUGGCUGGCUCCCCCGUCAGUCAGCGGGACAAGGGGCUGUAUGCUAAGAUCAGAAAGCAACCCACCAGGGCUCUUCAGAAUAUCCAUCAACACGUACCAAGGAGGUUGCAAGGGGGCCCCAGAAAGUGUCGUCCUAUGUCUGCACCAGACACCGUGUACUCUGUUGUCGGCGAUUCUGAUGUACUGCACACCAGUCCAAGAACUACGAGGCACCUACCACCUGAGAGGAUGGACCCAUGCAGAACACCCCUAAGGACUCUCAGCACCGACCGCCUGUGUGACUCUGCUGCCUACUUCCUGGCCGGGACCCCUGGUAGUCCUCACACAGCGUGCAUAGACACCACGUCACGCGCGCUCAAUCUUCACCGCCGGGACCAGGUCUACACCAACGAUAACCCCUACGAGGCCAUUCCUGGGAUUGCAGAGACAACCGGCUUCAAUCCCAACUGUAACACCUACGAGUCACUGUAGGACGGCGGUCGCCAACCCGUCGAUCGCCAUCGACCAGUCAGACCAGUGCAAACAGAAGGCCUUAAGAUCGUCUUAUAUUCAGGUCAAUACAAUAGUUUGUAUUGUUGAAGGUUUGGACAGGUUAUAUAAUUUGUACAUAUCAUGUAGAGGGGACAAAAGAAACGUCUGGUUACACCAGGCCGUGCCUUUAUGUUGGGUUUUGUUAGUGCACUCCGGUGUUUUGUGUUAAUUCCUGUCCUUUGCUUUUAUUUUGGCGGCUAUUCCGGUUUUGUUGGUGUUUUCCCGUGGCUGCUUCACUUUUUUCCCAGAGCAUUUCCCCUCACCUUUUUU